AUACGAGUCAGUUCCCUUUACGACAAGCGCGAGUCCACCGUGUGGGCAAAACUUGUUUUUUUUUUGUAAUUUCAAACUCUCAGAUUCAUUUUCUACUAUCCAAUUCAUAUCCAACCUUCGUGCGUUUAGUUUAAACUAAAAAAUAAUAGUUAAAUGCUAAGUCGCGCCAACGCUCGAAUAUAUCGUUCAAACAUUCCAGUGCAGCAACAAAUGAAUCAGUUUUGUUUGUAUAUUUGAGUAAGCGAAUCAGGGAAUCAUGGAUUACAGCAGUGUCCCAACGUCCGUGGACUUGGAGAACAACUCCAACUCGAAGAAGUACACGAUCAACGAGGGCGCACCGAAAGGGAAGUUGCUGAUUUCGAAGGUGUGCUGCUGUUUGCUGGCGAUGGGCGCUAUAGUGCUAGCAGCCUUGGCCGCGUUAGCUGUUUACAUGCUGCUUCCGGUCUGUGCAGAAACGACCCCGGAAGCGUUGACCACCCAACCAAAAUCGAUCCAGAAGGAGGCGGUCGUCGCGAACGCGCGACUUCCUCGAGCAUUGGAACCCACACACUACAAGAUAAAAUUGCUACCAUUCUUAAUCGAAAAUAAUUUCACCACGCACGGAUUCAUCAGCAUCGAAUUUAAAGCCAAAGAACCGACUGAUAAGAUCGUCUUGAAUGUUAACGAUAUAGAUAUUGAUCAAGACUCUUUGCGUGUUAAGAUCGCUAAAGAUGGGAGCUUCUUGCAGAUCCUCGACCAGGCUUACAACAAGGAAGCUCAGCUGUACACGAUCGUAAUUAGCAAGAAGUUUAAGAAGGAUAACGAUUAUCGGGUUGAAAUGAACUUUGUUGCGAAGCUGAACGAUCAUAUGCAAGGUUUUUACAGAAGCAGCUAUUACAGCAAUGGGACUAAAAGAUGGAUGGCGAGUACGCAAUUCUCUCCAACCGAUGCCCGAACGGCGUUCCCUUGCUUCGACGAGCCUUCGUUCAAAGCCAUCUUUUCGAUCACUAUAGGAAGACCUGAUAACAUGACCACGUUAUCAAAUAUGCCAAAGAAAGAAUCCUUCCCAAGUACCGAAAUGGAAGGUUACACGUGGGAUGUGUACAAAGAAACGCCAAAAAUGUCCACGUAUUUGGUGGCAUUCAUUGUUAGCGAUCUUCAAGCUUUCGAAUUUAACUCCUCGAGAAUCGUCUUUACGAUUUGGACUAGGAAAGAGGCUAUAACUCAGGGAUUGUACGCCUCGACGAUUGUGCCGUCGGUAUUUAACCAUUUCGAAACCUAUUUCAAUCUGAAAUAUCCCAUUCCCAAAGUAGAUCUGGUGGCGGUCCCAGAUUUCGGUUUUAACGCGAUGGAAAAUUGGGGUUUGAUCACUUUCAGGGAGACAGCUUUGCUGCUCGAUCCAACGAUAUCCACGAUCGACGAUAAAAGGAAUAUAGCUUUGGUAGUUGCACACGAGAUUGCCCAUCAAUGGUUCGGUAAUCUUGCAACUCCCAAAUGGUGGGACGACCUUUGGCUCAAAGAGGGUUUUGCAACGUACUUUGAGUACGUGGCUGUCGAUAAAGUCGAACCCAGUUGGAACAUUACAAACGAAUUUACUUUUUCCGAAAUGUCGGCGGCCUUCGAAAUUGACUCGCUGGCAUCCGCAAGACCAUUAUCAGUCAAAAUAGAGAGUACCAAUCAAAUCAGACAAGCCUUCAACAAAAUUUCUUAUUCCAAAGGCGCUUCCAUUAUAAGAAUGAUACAAAGCAUUUUGGGCGAGGAGAUUUUCAAAACCGGUCUGAUCCAUUUCCUCAACAACCACCUUUACGCGAACGGUGAUCACAACGAUUUGUGGAAAGCUUUGACGGAGAAGGCCCAAGCCGGUGGAGUUUUGGAACCCAACGUUACGGUCAAAGAUAUCAUGGAUCCAUGGACUAUCCAAGCCGGUUAUCCCGUGGUCACGGCUAUUGCAGAUUACGAAGCCAAAAGCAUCAAUCUGUCACAAAAACGUUAUUUGAAGUCUGGAGAAACCGAUCAGGAUUCUCUCUGGUGGAUACCCAUUUCAUAUACAACCGCGGCUGACUCCAAAUUCGAUGAUGUGAGACCGCAAGCAUGGUUGCGAAAUGAAAAUGAAACUACAAUCGAGUUGAACACCAAAGGAUGGUAUUUGCUAAAUUUAAAACAUUCAGGAUAUUUCAUUGUUAAUUACGAUGAGACCAAUUGGAAGAGACUGGAUGAAAACCUAAUAGAUUUACCAAACGAUGUUAGGGCACAACUUUUGAGCAAUGCCUUGGAUCUGUCCAGGGCUAACUUAUUGGAUUACGAUAUUCCAUUUAGAUUGUUGGUGACUUUGAACAGACUCGGAUGGAGUAAACAAUUGCUGACUCUGACCAUAGCUUUAGAAAAAAUGGACUUUUUGCAUAACAUGUUGAUCUCUACGCCAGCAUUCAACAAGUUCGAUAGAUUUAUAUUGACGCUCUUCUCGAAUGUCUUCGAUCACACAAGCUUUAACGAGGAACGUAACGAUUCUUACGCGGUUCAAAGGACCAGGAGGACUAUUUUGGAAUGGGCUUGCAAAAGGCCCGACUCGCGUUGCAUGAUUACUUCUAGACACUUGUACAGGGAUUGGAUGGUCAAUGGAAAACCGAUCGCGCCGAAUCUGAAGAAAUUAGUAUACUGCACAUCGAUUCGUGAAGGUGGAGAAGCUGAAUGGGAAUUCGCCUACAGACAAUACUUGAACACUACCUUGGCUUCGGAGAAGAAUACGAUUCUUGACGCUCUAGGUUGUUCGUCCAAACCUUGGUUACUAGCUAGAUAUUUGGAUUACAUGAUGCAAAAAGAGUCGGGGAUUCGUAAGCAGGAUGGUGAGCGUGUUUUCAGAGCUGUGGCCAACAAUAUCGUCGGUCAUCAGUUAGCUUUCGAUUACUUAAGAUUUAGCUGGAAAUCGAUUAACAAAUACUAUGGAGUCGGCUUCAACAUUAUCAGUAAGAUGGUCGAUGCAUUAACGAUGUACAUGAAUACGCCAUAUCAAUUAGCACAGCUGGAGGCCUUCAAGAAUGACAACGAUCUGGGAACAGCCCAGCAGGCCGUUGAGAAUGCCAUCGAGAUAGUCAGAGGCCAUAUGAGGUGGAUGGACAAAAGUUACGGAAGUGUGGAAAUGUGGUUUGCGCAACAUUUACAUAGGUACUCGUUUUAAAUUCAGUAAAGUGCCACGCUUGUAGACGCGAAGAAUUAUGGAAUUACAAGACUUAGCGAUGGCUAAAUAAAUUAAAUAUUUAUUACAAUUAUUAUAUAUAUAUAUAUUUCACUUAGAGACAUUGCAAAAUAUUGAUUGAAAACGAAAUCUAUGUAUUUUUUAUUGAUAUUAUCAUAAUUACCAUAAAGACUUAUUAAUUCAUUGUUACGUAUUUAUUAAGUGAAACCAUUACACAUUGUUUAGCUUAAAUUGUGUAUUCGUAUUAACGCAUAUCUUUAUGUAGACAGCACGUCAAAAUGUCAUUACUUUAAUAAAUCGAACACAUAUUUAUUUUAAAUA